UGAACACACACACACACACACACACACACACACAGAGAGAGACUGCAGGAGGGACUCUUGCUCUGAUCCACAGCUGACGAAGUGUUGACAGAGGUCCACGUCUCGUUCUGACACCUGUCAACUGUUCCAAAACACGGCCUGUCGCCGUGGAGAUACUGAUGAGCAGAGAUAAGAGGGAGGAGAGGAUUCCCCUGUCAGACAGUCCUGAUAAGACACAGCAAAGCAAACACACACGUCCUGACACGGUGUUCACAAUGGACCAGCACCAACUGCAGCAGCACGCCAAGGUGGAGCGAUUUCUCAAGUUAGGAUAUUCUCACACUGACAUCCUGAGGGUCCUGGAGAGCCUCCACCAUGAUGCCCAGACCAAUGACAUUCUGGAGGAGCUGAUAAAGACCUGCCAGACUCACUCGUACAACAACGACGACAGCAGUCAACAGAAGAACAACAGUCCCAAACUGGUGCCCAGAGGCUGCAGUCCUGGUCCCAGUCACACCGGGGACAGAGAGCCCGCUGCUGGAUUCAGACCAGUGGUUAUAGACGGAAGCAACGUGGCCAUGAGGUGAGUCAAGUCCUCUCUGCAGU